AUGUCAAACAUCGACUUCCAGAGACUUGAGUUCUUCCGCAGCCUCAUGAGCGACUGCAGCCUCGGCCCGUUCUGUAAUAACUCCCCCCUAAAUUUCCCAAACACAAGUGAUAACGAGGAGCUGAUGAUUCUUGAGGAUGGACCCCCCUGGUUACGAAUCGUCAUCUCCGUCGUGUACUUCAUCGUGGCUACUGCCGGAGUAUUGGGGAACUUGCUGGUGAUGUUCCUGCUGUAUUCCACACACACCAUCCACACUGGCACCAUCAAUUUCUUUGUGUUCAACCUAGCUCUGGCCCACCUGCUCUUCUCCCUGGCCUUGCCGUUUUGGGCUGUGGAAAUUGCUCUGGACUACAGCUGGCCUUUUAGCCUGGCCACGUGCAAGGCCGUGUCCUUACUCACCGGACUGAACGUCUUCGCUAGCUGCUUCUUCCUGACAGCUAUGAGUUUGACCCGUUACUGCUUGGUGGCGACUGCUCUCAGACCCAGGACCUCCCUGUGCAAUCGAUCCUGCACCUCUCCAGUGGCCGCGGCCUUUAUCUGGGCCGGAGCGCUGAUAGCCGCACUGCCCCGAGCUGUGUUUGCUGACCUGAAACUCGUGGGCAACGACACAGCAUGCCUGCUCCGUUUCCCAGAUGGCACCGCCUGGCUCGGAAUAAACCAGCUCCUGCGCUUGGUGCUGGGUUUUCUUCUGCCCUACGCCAUCCUAAUCCUCUCUUACCUGCUUCUGCUGCGCUUCCUCUGUCUCCACAAGCUGAAAGGCAGCAGCUCUCGACGAAAGGCUGAUAUUUCAAAGUCUGUGGCGGUGGUGGUGCUUUCCUUCUGCAUCUGCUGGUUCCCGUACAAUGUCCUCACGCUUUGGGGUGUCCUGAUCCAACUCGACAUCCUUGAUAUCAGCAUGUCGUACUACAAGGCUCAAACGUACUUUUUCCCUCUGGCUAACUGCUUGGCUUUCACCAGCAGCUGCUUCAACCCUGUCAUCUACUGCCUGGUUAGAAAGGAAUACCGCUUGGCGCUCCACAACGUGCUCCUCAAGUUGAGUCUGGCCGUUGUGUCCAAGGUGCCCUAUUGCAUUUACUCUAAGGAGAGAUCGGCACAAGCUGGGCACCUGGCUGUUCCUCUCAAAACAUUCAGCCAGACAACUCCUUCUCACACAGAGGGAUACGCACCAGUGUCAAUGCUCCCAACUGCAGUGUCCAAUAUGUAG